UAUCGAUACCACGGAGUAUCGAUAUAGCUUCGAAUGUUUUUAGUGGUGUUUCUAUCAGAAAUUGAGAAGAAAUACGAAUUAAAUCCGUGUCACCAAUAAAUACAAUUUGCAAUAAUGUUUAUAACCGCGCUGUUAUGUGCAAAACCAAAAAGCAAAUUUGUUCUUGUUGCUUGCCGAAGUCAAGUGAGUGGACACACAAUCAAUCUCAUUCGAGAAAGACUGGGAGAUAAAUUCGAAUUCAUGCAAUUCGAUCCCUUCGAAAAUUCUUCUUAUAUUUUCAGUCCAGACGACGGCGUACUACAAAGAACACAAAAAAGUGCGGAGUCUAAAAAAUUGGAAAGGACAGAACACGUACACAAAUGGUUACAACAGUCGAAUGGUGGGAGAGGAGUUUCAAAGAAUGCAGUAAAUAAAUAACCAAAAUGUAAAGAUAAAAUAAAUGAAUUUUCGCUACAUCAAA